AUGGCACUUGUGAGAAAGCUGGGAAGAGUGGCAUACGCUCCGACCCUGGAGCUGCAGCUACAGCUUGCGGCCAAGUACAAGAACAUCAGCCGAGGAGCGGUAAAGCCGUGGGGGAGAUCCUCCUGGUCGAGCACGAACCUCCGGUGUUACACGUUCGGGCUGCGGCAGAAGGACUACAAACUGCACGCGAGAGAGCGCCUCAGAGGCCUGGGUGCUGAAGUCCACAAGGUGAGGCGAGGUGGACUUGCUACUUUCCAUGGUCCAGGACAACUGGUUUGCUACCCUAUCCUCAACCUCAGAGCCCUCAAUGUUGGGAUAAGAGACUAUGUACACUGUUUGGAGAAGGCAGUGGUUGCUACGUGUACAGAUCUCGGAGUGGCAGCUCACACCACAAACUGCACCGGUGUCUGGGUGGGCCCUCAAAAGGUAUGUGCUCUAGGUAUCCAAGUGAGUCACGGAGUGUCGUUCCAUGGUCUGGGUCUCAACUGCUGUCCAAACCUCUCGUGGUUUGACCACAUCGUCCCGUGUGGCAUCCCUGACCUACAGGUCACCUCUCUUUCAUAUCAACUCAAUAGAACAGUGACACCAGAUGAAGUAGCUCCACUUCUUGUAAAGAACUUGGCACAUUGUCUCUCAAUAUCCUAUCACUAGUCACUUAGUAAACAUCUCAAAACAUCAUAAAUUUUUCACUCCUCAGCCAUCAAAUUUUCACAAGAGAGAGAAUCACUUUUCUGACAGGAAAUCUAGAGCAACUGUUCCUCAGUGUUACAGAUAUUCCUUCAACGAAGGCCAUAUCAACAGCCAGUAGAACGGUAUACAGACUUUUAGGAGUUGUGUCAAUGAUCUCGCACACGGAUGAGAUAAGGAACCUCAUCGAAUGAGAUAGCCGAGUCUCUUCCAGGUCUUCGUACCACUUGUGGGAGGUGGGGAGGGGCCGAUAAGUGGUGCAGGGGGCCUUGGGGUUUUCGAUGAAGCGAGAGACGUGUACCAGUCGAGGGGUAUAGUUGUCAGUUGUGUUGUCGGUAGAGCGAGGGUCAGAAGCAGGCAAAGGAGAGGGAGGAUCGGCUGGUAGUGUUAGUUUAGCAUCCUCUGUGGCAGACUGGAGUUUAGAUACACUUGCAAAAAUGGUUGAAAUCUUUCUGCUGAAAGCAGGCUCAAAUCUUUGAACGGCU